AUGAGUGCCGAAGACGAUAAAGCCAACGACUUCUACGUUCGAUACUACGUCGGACACAAGGUUAGUGCAAAGAUUCAAGUAAAAAUCUGAAAAAUAUCGAUUUCCAGGGAAAAUUCGGUCACGAAUUCCUCGAGUUCGAGUUCCGUCCGAACGGCGCUCUCCGCUAUGCGAACAACUCGAACUAUAAGAACGACACGAUGAUCCGCAAAGAGGCGACAGUCUCGGAGUCGGUGCUCACCGAGCUGAAGCGCAUCAUCGAGGACUCGGAGAUCAUGCAGGAGGACGACGACAACUGGCCGGAGCCCGACAAGGUUGGCCGACAGGAGCUGGAGAUUCUGUACAAGAACGAGCACAUCUCGUUCACGACCGGCAAGAUCGGCGCGCUGGCCGACGUGAACAACUCGAAGGAUCCGGACGGUCUGCGCUCGUUCUACUACCUUGUCCAGGACCUUAAGUGCCUCGUCUUCUCGCUCAUCGGACUCCACUUCAAGAUCAAGCCCAUCUAA